AUGAAGGAGAAGAAUAAUACCAAUUUCUUCCCUCUUCUCCUCCUCCUCCUCUCCUUCGUUUCCCUUUCCCUUGUCAACUCGUCUUCUGAUGCAGAGAUCCCACCAGCCAUUUCCAGCCAUGGAACACUCACUCAAGCCGAGGUCUCCUACCUCCGCCGCCGGCAGCUCCUGUACUACAAGGACGAGUUCGGCGACCGGGGCGAGAACGUGACGAUCCCGCCGGGCUUCGUCUUCGAGAACCCGAGGCUCCGCGACGCUUACAUCGCGCUGCAGGCCUGGAAGCAGGCGAUUAUCUCCGACCCGUUCAAUGUCACCGGAAAUUGGACCGGCCCGGAUGUCUGCAGCUACGAGGGGGUUUUCUGUGCUCCGGCGCCGGACAACAACACCAUCCGUACCGUCGCCGGCAUUGACCUCAACCACGCCGACAUCGCCGGUUACCUGCCCGAGGAGCUGGGGCUUUUAAGAGAUCUGGCGAUUUUCCACAUCAAUUCGAAUCGAUUCUGUGGGAUUGUGCCUCAGAAGUUCAGGAACUGGAAGCGGCUCUACGAGCUGGAUCUCAGCAACAACAGGUUCGCCGGGAAGUUCCCCAAUGUCACUCUAUUGAUGCCCAAAUUGAAGUUUCUGGAUCUCAGGUUCAAUGAAUUCGAAGGCACCGUGCCGAAAGAGCUCUUCGAUAAGGAUUUGGAUGCGAUUUUCAUCAACCACAAUCGAUUCCAUUUCGAGCUGCCGGACAAUUUUGGGAACUCCCCUGUUUCCGUCAUCGUGCUGGCCAACAACAAUUUCCAUGGCUGCGUCCCCGCGAGCUUGGGCAACAUGACGAAUUUGAACGAGAUCAUCAUGAUGAACAAUGGGUUCCGGUCGUGCUUGCCGCCGGAGAUCGGGCGGCUGAGGAAUUUGACGGUGUUUGAUGUCAGCUUCAACCAGCUGAUGGGUCCGUUGCCGGACACGAUUGGAGGGAUGGUGAGCUUGGAGCAGCUGAAUGUGGCGCACAAUUUGUUGUCCGGUGCGAUUCCGGGGGCGAUUUGUCAGCUGCCGAGGUUGCAGAAUUUCACCUACUCGGACAAUUUCUUCACCGGAGAGCCGCCGCAGUGCCUGGCCUUGCCGGCGGUGGAUGACAGGAGGAAUUGCCUGCCGAAUCGGCCGGCGCAGAGGCCGCCUGGGCCAUGCCAGGCGGUUUUGUCGAAGCCGGUUAGGUGUAGUGCUUUCAGAUGUGCUCCUUUUGUUCCUCCUCUGCCGCCUCCGCCUCCUCCGUCGCCUCCACCGCCGCCUGUUGUGCUCCCGUCGCCUCCUCCUGUGUACUCACCUCCACCGCCGGUUUACUCUCCUCCGCCGCCUCCACCUGUCUACUCACCUCCUCCACCUCCGCCAGUUUACUCGCCUCCACCACCGCCGCCGGUUUACUCUCCACCACCACCACCUCCAUCUCCACCGCCGCCGGUUUACUCUCCACCACCUCCACCGCCGUCGCCGCCACCACCGGUUUACUCUCCACCACCACCUCCUCCUUCACCGCCACCGCCGUCUCCACCACCACCCUCUCCUUCGCCUCCGCCACCAUCACCUCCUCCGCCUUCACCACCGCCGCCCUCUCCUUCCCCUCCGCCACCAUCACCGCCACCGCCAUCCCCAUCCCCUCCACCCCCAUCACCGCCGCCGCCAUCUCCGUCGCCUCCACCUCCUUCCCCGUCCCCAUUGCCUCCAUGUACCCGUCCCCCGCCACCACCACCACCAAAUUCACCACCGCCGCCUCCACUCUUUUCCCCACCGCCACCGCCAAACCCUUACUACGGCAGCCCACCACCGCCUCCCCAUUCCCCUCCGCCCCCAAAUUCCCCUCCACCGCCAUCUCCGCCACCUCCUGUCUACCCCUACCUGUCUCCUCCACCUCCCCCGCCACCGGUCUACCUCCCCCCACCGCCUCCCCCAUCUUCUCCUCCGCCCCCGCCGCCGUGUAUAGAACCACCUCCACCUCCGCCGCCGUGUGUGGAAAAUCCACCCCCUGCGCCACCAGCAAUCCCACCCUAUAAACCACCGCCGUCUCCUUCCCCACCACCACCACCGCCAAUCCAUCACCCAUCCCCACCGCCGGCGCCAAUCUUUUACCCAUCCCCACCUCCACCGUCGCCAAGAUUACACAAAAGCCCUCCUCCUCCACCGCCAGAGUACAUGGGGCCAUUGCCGCCAGUCGUGGGGAUUCCAUACUCAUCCCCUCCACCACCGCCUUACUAUUGA